GGCGCCCGCCCGCCUCCGUGGCCGGGAGAGGCGCCACAGCGCGCAGGUGCCGCUAUUCCUUCCGGGUGCCGGCGCGCCGCUAUUUCAACGUUGACCCGCGCGUUUCCGCUUCCUCUUCCGGGUCCGGCGGCGCCAGGUGUAAAAAAUGGUUCAGCGCCUGACCUACCGCCGUAGGUUGUCCUACAACACAGCUUCCAACAAGACCAGACUGUCCCGAACACCCGGGAACAGGAUUGUUUACCUUUACACCAAGAAAGUGGGGAAGGCACCAAAGUCAGCAUGUGGUAUAUGCCCAGGAAGACUUCGUGGUGUUCGUGCUGUGCGUCCUAAAGUUCUUAUGAGGCUGUCAAAAACGAAGAAACAUGUUAGCAGAGCCUAUGGUGGUUCCAUGUGUGCUAAGUGUGUUCGCGACAGAAUCAAACGAGCUUUUCUUAUUGAGGAGCAGAAGAUUGUUGUGAAGGUGUUGAAGGCACAAGCACAGAGCCAGAAGUCAAAGUGAAUCUAUUUGUAGUUUCACCCCAAUAAAUGAAAGCUCCACUUUU